AUAACUAACUUCUUGAAGACGUAGGAAACCAAAGGUAACGUUAUUCUUAUUAUUCACGUUCUGUAACAGUCCCACGUAAUGAAGUUCGGUAAUAUCUCCAAAAUUGAUGAAGAAUAGUGGUCUCUAAAGAACCCUUCAUUGUUGAAAUUAUCGUAACACCUGAAUGCAGUGGGUUAGUUGAAAAUGGUGAUAGCCUUCAACGGAGCUUGUUUCAUCGCUCAACAAGUUUAGUAUGUUCAAUGUCAUUGGAAAUUACUGAGUUUUGAGUAAGCCGAGCUAUUGGUUCUCUAGCACAGAUUUAGUGAAUGUUUUUUUAAAGUCCUCUGAGAGAGCAUGUCGAGGGUAGUCAAAAAGAAUCAUUACAUAGCUUCGCCGAGGGUUGAUCACUCUAGAAUUUCACCUCAUUUGGCUAGAAAUUAUGAGUUUUCUGAUGGAGAGGAAAGUCAAAGAGCCAACACAGAUUAUGCAUCUAUGCCAUACAGCCUACAACACGAAAUGAGAGAUGAGUUAAGAUAUGAAAAAGAUAGUGGUUAUAAUUAUAUUCCUCCUGCACAUUCUUACACCAACAGGGAGAGUAGUUAUGACGCUGGUUCCGAUAUUUAUGUGACAAGUGGUGCCUACAAAACAGCCUCUGAAAUAAGUUCUAGGUAUCAUCCACCAAGUGAAUAUUCUCCUCCCAGUAUAAGAGCGCCAUCUGGAGUAAGUUACGACAGAAGGAGUCAAAGAUCAGGGGGUGUCAAGUUAGAAGCGUACACUGCACCAAAUCCGCUUUGUCCUAAUACAAGAGGAUUAUGCUGUCUUAUGUUACUCUUUAACCUAGCCAUUAUUCUAGUAACAUUGGGAUUUGUGAUAGUAAUUCAAUUCCACGAACCCAUUAUAGUAUGGAUUUUGGGUAUAAUCUUCGUAAUUUUCGGUUGUCUCACUCUAAUUGGAAGUUUGAUUUUCUGUGUCACAAUAUUCAGAGAAGCCAAAAAUCCAAAUGAAGUCGAUGGAAUUUAUUGGACAAAUCACUGGCAGAAGAAAUUUGGAACAGUGCCCCCUUAGAUGAUUUUAAAUGAAGAAAAAAAAAGCAGAAAGGCAAAAUUAAGGAAACAAUAAAUAAAUAUACUAAAAUGGUUUCUGCCACAACUAUUGUACAUAUACUAACGAAAAAUAAUGUUGUGAAGCGUAGAAACUCAUAACGACUUCAAAUAUUAACAAUGAAAUACUCCAGUGAUAUGAAAAUAAUCUUCAUUUUAUUCGACGAACUGAAUGCCAUAUCUAGAAAACAAUUUCAAUACUGAAAUAUUUACUGAAACGUAUUCAUUAGUGAAUUGAAAGAGAUGAUUUCCUUUCAAUUAUUGAAAAAAAAAGUGGAGAAGAAAUGAUAUAUGAAGAAAAUAAAUUAUAAGAUGUACAUUUUGAUUCAGACAAUGCCUGAAAAAUAUUAUACUGUAUGUACUUAAGUCGAAUACAAACUUAUAAAUUGAAAACCAGAAUAUUGAUAAUUAAAAGUGAAAAGCAUUAAUUAAGACUGGAAGAAAUAUAUUUUUAAUUUAAUUUUUUCCAGAAUUAGCCAUAUACAGUUUUUGUCCGAGGUAAAAAUGAAACUAAUCUGAAAUUUGUAUCUAUUAAUAGAAGAAAGAGUUUGUUGAGUAUUAUUCUUUUAUUUUUGUUGAAUUUUUAUUUGAAUAUUUAUAUACCAUCCCUCAGAAGGAUAUUACAGCAGAUGACAAUAAUAUUUUGUGAAUUUUAUCAAUUUGAAAUGACAAAAUAAAAUUUUUACUCAAGUA